UUGUACCUAGAGAUAGACGAGUGCAAAAUAGGCGCUUGCAAUAACGUUGGACGAUGUAUUGACGAAAUCAAUGGAUACCACUGCAUAUGUCAUGAUGGCUUUACGGGAAAGGAAUGCGAAAUAAAUAUUGACGAUUGUCAAUCAGCUCCAUGUGGUGAAAAUGGCUCUUGCGUUGACCAUGUUCGGUCUUUCGAAUGUUUGUGCAAGCCGGGUUACACCGGAAGAUUCUGCGACAUCGGUAGUGUCGACAUUAGGCCAACCAUCUUUGAAAGGCCGUUCCUUCCGGACCUACAAGUCGCCGGUGAAAAGCGUACCGGAAAAGGCGUUACCCUGACACCGUCACGUCUCUUUUUUAGCUCGGGGCUCCGCCACGUAAGGAAAUAAAA